UUGAGAAUUGAUUGGCUCUAGUGUGCCGUUAGUGGGUGUAUGUGGUUUUCUUUUUUUCUUUUUUUUUUUUUUGCUACAGGAAGUGAUUUGCAGUGUUCACCGAGCCUUUGUUGAGAAGGGUCUCCUCUCGGAGUGAGUCAUGCUUUUGCUGUGAACGGCUCCAAGCAGCUGGGCGCUCAUCAGAGGAAACUAUGACUUUUGAAAAGCCAGCGUGCCGCCCUAAGAAGCCGCGUGCGGGGCUGGGGCUACGCGGCCACGGCGGCUCCGGGUGUUAGGGGUGGGAAGCCUGCGCUCCCGCCAGCGCCCCCGACCCCGCCGCCGUCCCGGCCGCUGCGUCCGCCCCGGGAACAGCGGCUCGCCUGCUAUGCGUGGCAGCCCGCGCCCGCGCCCGCACCUGCAGCGCCCGGGCGGAUGCGGCGAGCCCACUGAGGGGCAUGCUUCCACGCACCAAGUACAACCGUUUCAGGAAUGACUCGGUGACAUCGGUCGAUGACCUUCUGCACAACCUGUCGGUGAGCAGCGGAGGCAAGGUCUCGGCGACGCGCGCGGCCCCGGCGGCGGCCCCCUACCUGGUGUCUGGAGACGCGUUGCGCAAGGCGCCCGACGAUGGCCCGGGCAGCCUGGGCCACCUGCUCCACAAGGUGUCCCACCUAAAACUCUCCAGCUCGGGCCUCCGCGGCCUGUCGGCGGCCAGGGAGCGGGCGGGCGCGCGGCUCUCGGGCAGCUGCAGCGCGCCCAGCCUGGCAGCCCCGGACGGCAGCUCGUCCCCCGGCCCCCGCGCCCCGGCCAUGCGCGCCGCCAGGAAGGGCCGGUCCAGCGACGAGCCGCCGCCCCGCGCGUCCCCCGCCAGCGAGCAGGUGCUGGGGGCCGGAGUCACCUACGUCGUCAAGUACUUGGGGUGCAUUGAAGUUCUACGCUCAAUGAGGUCUCUUGACUUCAGUACAAGAACGCAGAUUACCAGGGAGGCCAUCAGCCGCGUUUGUGAAGCUGUCCCUGGAGCCAAGGGAGCCUUCAGGAAGAGAAAGCCUCCGAGCAAGAUGCUGUCCAGCAUCUUGGGCAAGAGCAACCUCCAGUUUGCGGGGAUGAGCAUCUCCCUGACCAUAUCCACUGCCAGCCUGAACCUGCGGACGCCGGACUCGAAACAGAUUAUAGCAAAUCACCACAUGCAGUCCAUCUCCUUUGCCUCCGGCGGGGACCCGGACACAACAGACUACGUUGCAUACGUGGCCAAGGACCCUGUUAAUCGCAGAGCUUGUCACAUUCUGGAAUGCUGUGACGGGCUGGCCCAGGACGUCAUUGGCUCCAUCGGACAAGCCUUUGAGCUCCGGUUUAAGCAAUAUCUGCAAUGUCCUUCCAAAAUCCCCACUCUCCACGACCGGUUUGAACUAGAACCUUUUGAAGAUGCUCUCAAGAACCAGUCCGUGGGACCUGUGCUGAGCAAGGCAGCCUCUGUGGAGUGCAUCAGCCCCAUCUCACCCAGAGCCCCGGAUGCCAAGAUGCUGGAAGAGCUGAAAGCGGAGCCUUGGUACCAAGGCGAGAUGAGCAGGAAGGAGGCAGAGGGGCUACUGAAGCGAGACGGAGACUUUCUGGUCAGGAAGAGCACCACCAACCCGGGCUCCUUUGUUCUCACAGGCAUGCAUGAUGGCCAGGCCAAGCACCUGCUGCUCGUGGACCCAGAAGGCACGAUCCGGACGAAGGACAGGGUCUUCGACAGCAUCAGCCAUCUCAUCAACCACCAUCUGGAAAACAGCCUGCCCAUUGUCUCCGCAGGGAGUGAGCUCUGCCUGAAGCAGCCAGUGGAGAGGAGCCCGUGACCAGCCAGCUUCCCUGUCUUGACACCACACCAGUCGUCAAGAGGACUCAGUUCUUCCCGAUAAAUGGGUAUCGGGCUACAGGAACUUGGGCAGCUGCCCGCAGGCUCAGAGCCUUGUUCCAAAGCCCCAGGAGGAACCCUUCCGUAAAGUGCAGGUUUCAUAAACUUGUUCCUAUUUCUCAUGUGCAUAGUAAAGGUGUACAUACCUAUACAUCCUAUACAAAUGAUUCCCCUAUAUUUCUAUUUUUUCAGACUAAGAAAGAUGUAAGACUAAUGUUCCGUGCUGUAUGUUUUUAAUGGAAAAAAAAAGUUUGACUGUAGUUGUCUCAGCAAAAAAUUAACUCAACUGACCCAUGCCACUGGGAAGGUCCACUAGGAAGGUAUUACCUACAGUUUACCUAAUAAGCACAAUAUGGGGACUAAAGGCAAGCAAGCGAGUCGGUAAUAGACAUGGGAUUGUAACAGAGUCAGGCAAGAUGCUACCCAAAGAGGUCCAGUGAA